UGUGUGUGUGUGUGUGUGAGAGAGAAUACUGUAUAUAUAUCCACUACUGGAAGCAGUGAGGGAACAAGACAGACACUUGUGUCACUUGUGAAGACGCACCUCAUAUCAAGAAGAGAUCAUCACUUUCUUUAUCAACUCUUAACGAAAUGGACCCAGUCAUCGAACCAGUGAUUUUGGCAAACUCCAAGUUCUCCAUUGACCUGUUAAAACAGCUCUGUAAGGACCCUAAGAAAAAUGUGUUUUUCUCACCCCUGAGCAUCUCCUCUGCGUUGGGCCUGGUCGUCCUGGGAGCCAAGGGUGAAACUGCUGAUCAGCUAUCUAAGGCCCUCCACUUUGGCAAAAUGAGAAUAAUGUACCACUAUCUGUAUGAGGAGCUCUACAAAGAAGGAGAGUACAAGACUGACAAGAAGAGAAGCCUGCAGCUGGUUAAUCGCUUGUACGGAGAACAGACUGUCGAUUUUAAAGAACAUUUCCUAGAUAUGUGUGAGGAGUGGUGUUUUGCCAGCUUCAGGACGGUGGACUUCAAGAAGAAUCCUGCAGCUGCGAGAGAAAAGAUCAACAGCUGGGUGAAGGAUAAGACUUACGAAAAACUGAAGGAUUUGUUGGAUCCAGAAGAUGUGUCUGAGGACACAAGACUUGCUCUUAUCAGCGCAGUGUACUUCGAGAAGAAAUGGGCCACCGGCUUCAAAACUAUGGCCCCCAACAAGAAGGAUAUGAUGGUUAAGAUGGUUAAGACGGAUAAGCUUCCCCUGGGAACUAUCCCACACAACCAAAAUAAAAAGCUUCCCGCUGAAGCUCAGAUUCUGGAGAUCCCUUAUGAGAAUCAUCAUCUGAGCAUGAUCAUUAUACUCCCAAACAAACGUGAAGACCUACAAAAGCUGGUCGACUCGAUCACUUAUGAGAAGAUUAUGGAGUGGACUGAGCCGGACAAUAUGAUUCUCACAGAUGUGAAUGUUGAAAUGCCCAAGUUUAAACUGCAGGAGAGUUAUGGCCUGAAUGAAGCCCUGCAGGCUCUGGGAAUAACUGAGCUCUUUAGUGAUCAGUGUAAAUUACCUAACAUGUCAUCUGAAAAGCUGAAGAUGUCCAAAGUGGUGCAUAAGUCUGGUAUUGAGGUGAAUGAGGAAGGCACAGUUGCUGUCGCAGGUGAUGGUGAAGAUGUCAACAAGACACUUCGUGAUGACCCCCCAACGUCUAUUACUGUGAAACCCCCCUUCCUUUUCUUCAUCCGCCACAACCCCACCAAGAGCAUCGUGUUCUGGGGUCGCUUCAUCUCUCCAUAACCUGUAAUCUAGAAUCUGAACCUCAGAGCAGAGCAGGUUCUACAACAGUGUGAUCUGUCAUAUUAAAAACAGCACACGGUGAUUAUACUGCAUGCAUCUUCAUUUAAAAUUGAUUUGCUUGGAAGUUAAGUUUUAAAUUCUCAAAAUGUUCGAGCACAACCAAAUCACUAUAAAUAAAGAAAAAUUGGGCAGAAA